AUGGCAUUGGGUGAUUGGCAUGAAAACAACUAUUGCAUUUCUAGAUGUGCAAUCCUUGGUUUCUUGAACUGGAACACAAACUUGACUGAUAUUUUAGAAUACAACAAAAAUGGGUCUGUAGAGUUUAAUUGGCGACACCAACAGUCAAACUCAGUAUUUGGAUUACAAUCACCACAAUCCCAUUGUGGAUGGUAUUUCUGGUCUAUUAUAUGGUACAAGAUAGGUUUAAAAGGUGGUUGUAAAUCAGAUACUAAACCUGACACGCUCAACAAUAGUAACAAGCUGAUCCACAUUGUGUUUGUGCCAACUCUGCUCUUUACUGCCAUGGUCUUGGUGACAAAAGUUCAAGGUCCAGUCUGGCAAUAUAGCCAUAUUGCUCCAAUCAAUGGCGCACUGGGGGUCACAUUGCUGUAUGGGCUAUACUAUAUUAUUCUGUGGCCUUUGAUUGGCGUUUUGUAUGCGCCAUUCUUGUGUGCGAUGUGUUACUAUGCAAAUGUGUUUGCUGCUCAAACCAGCUGGCCAGUCACUCCGUUUGUGGCAGCAGCAUCUAUUCAUGUUGUGUCGUGGGUUUUCCAGAUUGCCCUGGUUCUUGCGCCAUUCUUUGUGUUUUGUGAAGUUCUGUUUGAUUUGGGACUUUUUAAAAAGACUAGGAAGCGUUUAGAAGUCAAAGUGGUCAAGGCCAUUAGGCUGAUGGAUCACCCCAAAAAGGCUUAAAAGGCAUUAGUGUUUUGUGCUGAAUAUGAAUGACGCCAAAUAAACAACUGUGAUAUGACUGCAAAGCUAUCGAUAUAUUAUUGUACAACUUCAAUGACUGGGUUUCUGCAGAAGAAAUCAAACAAAUUCGAUUAUGGAGUAUACUUGAGUUAAAACAGUCAUGGUAGCAGCCGGGGUGACUGUUAUCAAGUGCGAAUGCAGCUUAUUCAAUUAGUCUGAAUUUAAAAUGCUGAAACAUUCAUUGAUUCGACUGUUACAAAAAAGCUUAAUAUUGACUUUGCAAUAAGCAAUAGGAUCGCCAUUUGAUUCAUAGCAAAGGGCGCAGUCAUGUAUGAAACAGGAACGCUCCAUUUUGUAUCAGAAUAUUCGCCAUAUAAAUACUGGCCUACAGUAAGCAUCCACCCCUGCUAACUCGGCAUAUCCACGCAUUACUAGCUUUGACAGAUUCACAUAAUUCAAACUUGACCCAAAUCCAAAUCCAACUACUAGCGAACUCCAGACAAAAGGAUUUACACUCGACAUUCUGCUAGCAAACUAUUGAAAAUGGAGUUUGAUCGUUGCGGUUUCCUUGUCAUACCUGUUAUGGACCUGACUCAACCUGCUGGAAAACCUCGUCAUUUGGAAGCCCGAUUCCGUAAACUAUCCUAUCAUAAUAAAUGCACCCAUGCCGCUGCUAGUGCUACGUUUACAUUUAUUGAAGCCCGUCGCUCUAAACUAGCUCAUCGCCGAGACAGUAUUUGUCGCAGACAAGCUGCCCAUCAGUCCAGAGCCAGCAUUGCUCAGUCACAGCGACGAUCGCAGAUGGAACAGACACUUGAACAGGCUGCUCGUAAACGACAGCUGUUGCUGCAAGAAAAGGUCCAACUUAGUGCAGAAACGGUUGCUCACGCCAAAGCGGUUGCUCGUUCACACAGUGAGCAGACAGCUAAAGCAACUGCUGCUCUUAGUGCUGCCAUUGAAGAACGACUCAAGGUCAGUGCUAUGCGCAGAGCAAGACUGCAGACUAUCCCUCGAUCCCGCCUACUGGACCCAAAUUCAUGGGCUAUUAAAGAAACCGCCGAUGUCAGGAACGAUGCUGCAAUAACCCUACAAGGCUGGUGGAGACGCAGACAGUUAGUUCCGAUUGCUAACGCAUAUGCCAAGACUAAUCUGUCGCUUGCCAGUGCCAAAGGAAUGUCAUUUCAAAAACUAAUGCAAGUGGUGCAGAGCGAUCGUUUAAUCAAGACAGUAGCCAGACUGCUGCUUCGAGCCAAGAAGUUUGGUUCUGGGAUUUCUACUGCUGAGGCUGCCACAACUACCGCACCUGUAAAGUGGAAGAAUCCCGCUCGAGUGCUGCUGUCUGCAUUCAUGAUAGUUGCGUAUCCAUCAGAAACUCUUCAGUCGCUUGGGUCGCAGGAAGAGCAUCUCAAGCAGUUGGCAGAAACCAUGUUGUGCGACUUUGAGGGAUGGCAUGCUGCAGCAAAGUCUGACACUAUGCUUGCACUUGGAAGGACUUUUCUGCAAUCGUAUUCAGCCUACUAUGCUGCAUUCGAUGCUUGGAAAUUCAGAGAUACUGUCAAGAUUGUGGAUGACCUUGUAAGUCAUUUUCUAGAUUUGGAAGAGUUGUGGCUGUCUGUCAAGGAUCAGGAAGACGCCCAGGAACAAUGGGCACCCCGCAUUGAUGCCCAGCAGAAACAGAUUAUGGAUCGUUUGCUGCAGUAUGGGCAGAAUGCGCUGGACAAGAUUCAGUCGCAAAGAACUCUCAGACUGGCUGCCAAGACUACAUCGAAUGUAAAUUUAAACGAAACUGAUGGUAAUUCCAAUGACGGUCCAACUUCUAUGUCGACGUCUCCUCCUCGCCAAGACCAGCAUUUGGAGCAUCAUUACCGUAGCACAUCUCCAAAACUAUUUCAGGCUGCAUCUCCCCGUCGUGUAAGAGACUCUGUUUUGCACCGUCGUACUCCGUCGUCCAGUUCGGGACGCAGCGCGAGUC